AUGGAGCGCUCAUCACCUCCGCUCUUCCCCGCAGAAAGGAAACCCGUUGAGUCGGGAGCCUCGGUGCUUGUGAAAGCCCCCGAGGGCAAGUCCGAGGCUCAUGAGUCAACUGGCAAUGGCCUCUCCGGCAACACCUAUGACCCAAACCCGGAGGUCGGCUCGCCAGCCGAGUUCGACGAGCUGCAUGUGCGCUGCCCGCCGCACACAACCGAGAAGAAGAUGAUGGCCCGCAUCGAUCUUCAUCUGCUGCCCUUCAUUGUAGUUCUGUACCUGCUGGCCUUCCUGGACCGAGUCAAUGUCGCCAACGCUCGCUCGUUCAAGCUCAUCGACGACCUGAGCCUGAACGGUGCUAAGUACAAUACCAUUCUGACCAUCUUCUUCGUCCCCUACGUCUUCUUCGAGAUCCCCUCGAACAUGCUGCUGAAGCGCCUGUCCCCGCGUGUCUGGCUGCCCUUCUGUGGGCUCGGCUUUGGCAUGGUCACCGUCUUCCAGGGCCUCACCCAAAACUACUCCGGCAUCCUGGCGACGCGCUUCUUCUUGGGCUUGUUCGAGUGCGGCAUGUUCCCCGGCUGCUUCUAUCUGCUCGGAAUGUGGUAUAAACGCUCUGAAGCCCAGCGUCGCUUCACGCUCUUCUUCUCAUCGACGUCUCUAGCUGGCGCUUUUGGCGGUCUUCUGGCAUCCGCUAUUGGCAAGAUGCAGGGAAUGCGAGGAUACAACGGCUGGCGCUGGAUCUUCAUCCUCGAGGGCACAUUGACCUGUGUCAUCUGCAUCAUCUUCUUCUUCGUCUUUCCCUCUUUCCCCGAGCAGGCCAAAUGGCUCACCGAGGAGGAGCGUACUUAUAUCAAGGCUCGUCUGCAGGCCGACCAGGGCCACAAUGCCGCUGAGCGCAAGAUCACCUUCCAUGAUGUCAAGACUGUCAUGAGUGACUACAAGAUCUGGCUGGGAGGCUUCAUGUAUCUCGGUUUGAUCGUGCCUGCGUAUAGCUACGCCUUCUUCAGCCCCGCUAUUAUCCAGUCGUAUCACUACGGCGCGAUCCAGACGCAGCUUCACAGCGUGCCGCCGUGGGCGGUCUCGUUCGGCUUCAGCAUGCUGGUCGCAGUGCUCAGCGACUGGGCCAAGCACCGCUUCCUGUUCACGAUCCUGCCCAUCUGCAUCGCCAUCGCCGGGUUCGGCGUCCUGCUCAACGUGCACGACAACACGGACGUCGAGUACGCGGCGCUGUUCCUCGUGUGCAUGGGCACCUACUCGGCCAUGCCGGUCAUCGUGUGCUGGUUCAACAUGAACCUGGGCGGCCACCACCGGCGCGCCAUCGGCGUCGCCUGGCAGAUCGGCUUCGGCAACAUCGGCGGCAUCAUCGCCACGUACAGCUUCCUGAGCACCGACGCGCCCUUCUACCACAAGGGCUACAGCAUCUGCGUCUCGUUCAUCUGCCUCAGCGCCGUCAGCUGCUGCCUGUACGCCGCCGCCGUCGUGUACGAGAACCGCAAGCGCGACCGCGCCGUGCGCGACGUGGGCCUGACGGACUACGAGAAGUCCGAGCUGGGUGACCUUAACCCCGAGUUCAGAUACAUGCUGUAA